UGAUCAAUUCUCUUGGUUCCUCGUAUAACUUUCACAACUAUUGUUAAAGUUCGUAGGGUUUUGCAGGCAAAAUAGUGAGAUAUUAUAGAUAGAAAAAUUCUGGGUGAUUUGGAAUCUGGAUAAAGGAAACAAUGGAACACGGGUCUUUCAGUGAUAAUAGUGCUGCAACUUUUUCGUUGACUGAUGAGGAUCAUACACUAGCUAACUCUGUUAGGUUCACCUUGAAUCAAGACCCAAGGGUCACAUUUUCUGGGUACAGUAUACCUCAUCCAUCACAAGCUCGAGUUAAUAUCAGAGUUCAGACAACUGGUGAUCCAGCAAGUGAGGUGUUGAAAGAUGCAUGUCAAGAUCUGAUGCUGAUGUGCAGGCAUGUAAGGAGCACUUUUGACAAGGCUGUUGAAGAUUAUAAAGCAAGCAAUGCUGUCAAGGCCAUGAAAAUCGAUUCAAAGGAAGAAGAUAGUAGUGAUUCAGAAGAUAGUGAAUGAAAUUAGUAUAUCUCU